AUGUUUGCUCUGUACGACAAGCACAGGAAUCGACACAGCAGCCUGUACCUUAUGGACCUAACCGCGGAGCGGGACGGGAUUAAGUCUGUGCUGGAUACCUGGGCGACGGUGGACGGAGCCUUCGCCACCGGGUGCAACUUCAGUAUGGCGAAGCGCGACCCGCCGAGCAGCGACUGCGCCGCUCCUAUUCCCACCAAAGGGCUUGUGGGGUUUUUGUCGGGCACGCUUGAGAAGGGCAAGUGGAAAGACAAGUACCGCUGCGUGGACGCAACGGCGAGGAACGCGGUGGAGGUCGAUAACGGCGUGAUGUUCAAAGGCGUCGGCGCGGGGGCGGAGUGGCCCGUCGGCAAAGAGGGGCAGGUGCAGCGGUACCACUUUGCCAACUACAACUUCACUCUUGUGGCGACGGUGUCCAUCGACGCGGCGCCCACAGGCGGCGGCCCUCUUCCUUUGCUGGGGGCGAGCCUGGAUGUGCUUGGAAACAGGAAGCUGGUGGGUCUGUCGUACACCGGGGAAAAGCACUGGAGCCCGGUUUACAACAACGCCGCGCGGCCAUCAACCAUGACGUGGGAGUUAAACCAAAUGUAUCAGGUGGUGCUCAUGCUACAAGACGGCGUGGCGUCCAUCUACGUUGACGGCGUGCUCCUGGACAAGGACCAAGUCAAGUUUGCGGGCAAAGGGGCGAUGGGGGAGAUCUCGCACUUUUACUUUGGCAGCCACGGAAGUGGCAGUCCCUCCGCAAACAGCUUUGUGACGGUAAAGGAUGUCUUUCUGUACAACCGCCCUUUGACUCACGCGGAGCUUCGCAUACCAUUCGAAGAGCUGGGCGACGCUGCUGUGCAGGCUGGGGCAGGCCUCGCCGGAGAUGCAGAGGAGGGUCCCACAACAGUGAGCGAACCAGCCGAUUCAGCCAUCGGCCAUGUCUCGCCCAACGAUGCCGCAGUGACGCAACCGCAGCCCCCCACGGCUGAUGUCGCUGGGCCCGAGACGAUUCAACCGCCAGUCCAAACCAACGAAAGCGCAGCGUCAGUGCCUGAUGCCGCCGAGGAGACGUUCGCGGCGGGCGUCCCCGUCACUUUUCUCCCUGGCAACAGCUCCGCUGCCUUCAAGAACAUGACUGAUUUGAGGCCCAGCGAGGGAAACCGCGACGGCACUCUGCGUGGGUACGUGCCUCGGCUAUUGCUGCUUGCCCUGCUGGGGCUGUGGGGCACGACGGUUCUCUGUUGA